AUGGCUGUGAGAUCUCUUGAUACUAAUAAAAAUCCAUUUCGAUCUCAUGAAAAUGAUGAAGAGCUUGUUGGUGCUGAAAUACUAUACCUUAGUGCAGUUAGUGCUGAAAUAUCAUACCUUAUUGUAAUUGAAGUGCUAAACAAGGCAAGGGAAGAGCUCGAUAGAGUUAUCAGUAGAGAGAGAUGGGUGGAAGAGAAAGACUGCACACAAUUACCAUACAUUGAAUCAAUUCUGAAUGAAACAUUCAGGUUACAUCCAUUGGGAACUAUAUUGGCACCCCAUUAUUCAACUCAAGAUUGCAAUGUGGCUGGCUAUGACAUACCAAAAGGAACCACAAUUUGGGUGAAUUUAUGGAGCAUAGGGAGGGAUCCAAGAAAUUGGGAAUUUCCAGAUGAAUUUAUUCCAGAGAGGUUUAUGGGGAAAGAUUUUGAUAUAAGUGGACAAAAUUUUAAUUUGUUACCAUUUGGUUCAGGGAGAAGGAGGUGUCCAGCUUAUAGUCUUGGAGUUAAAAUUGGAAAAUCAACUUUGGCUAAUUUGAUACAUGGAUUAAAUUGGAAGUUGCCUAAAAUUAUGAAGCCAGAGGAUGUGAAUAUGGAGGAACAUUUUGGAUUGACUACUCAUCCUAAGUUCCCACUUAAUGUGAUUGUGGAACCUAGACUUGCUUCUCAUCUUUAUAAAUAA